AUGUCUCCUCUCGCCUUUGUAUUGCUCUGCAUCCAAGCUUGCCUGGUCCAGAAUGCAUUGGCAAGCUGCGGCUGCGCUGGCGCCGGUCUGGGCUACGGCAUCGGCCCCGGUCCCUACCUCCCCGCGGGCCCAUACUCCGCCCCAAUUCUGGAAGCUCCAUACGGCGCCUUCCCCGGUCCCUAUGCUGGCCCCUACGGUCCCCUAGCUGGUGCAAUUGCCGGUCCAUUCGCUGGUCCCUUCGAAGGCCUCGCUGGAGCGUAUGGCGGUGAAGGCAUUGGUGACGUAACUGUGUUCGGAGAGAUGCCAGUGGCCGGUACCACCCUGGUCAACGGUCAAGUUCCAAUCCUCGGUGCCGUGCGCUUCGCGGGAGACCUGCCAGCUGGUGGUGUGGUCUCCAUCGCUGGUAGCUGCGGAUGCGGCUGCGGUAGCCCAUACGUUUACUAG